CACCAAUCGCCAUAUUGAAUGUUGUGUUUCAAUUUCGUCACCGCACGUUUAUGAGCUUCAUGUUACCGACACGUUAUGAUACGCGAAAAGGAUAGUUUCCAGUCAGAAUGAAGAUUUUUUAUAUUUUAUUUAUAUUUGCCUUGGUCGUAGAGACUAGUAUCGUUGUCCUUGGAGAUAGGCUACAAAGGGAAGCACAGGAAGACCCCGCUCCAGCCUCAGGACAAACCGAUCCAGGAAAUGAUGAUGCAAAUCCCACUGUUAAACCAACAGUUAAAACUGCCACGACUCCUCCCCUCACCGGGAAAAACAACACUUCAACUGGGGGUUUUUAUAACAAUGUUUUCCAACCUAACUCGGAUGUAGUGAAACGUAUGUUAUAUGUAUUGCUGGCGGUUACAGGGAUCGUCAUAGUCUAUUUUGUGUUCAGAGCUGCAAGAUUACGUAGCCGACGAAGUAAAUCUAAGAAAUACGGUGUACUUACAACACCUGGCGCUGAUAUGGAGAUGGCUCCUUUAGAUCAAGAUGACGAAGAUGAUGACAUGACUGUCUUUGAUGUCAAUAACACCAAAUAAGUUGUAUAUAAGGUUAUGAUGUACAAUAAAUCGAAUGUAUUCACCAAGAUUUGAAGCUAAAGACAUUCCUCAAAAGAAUAGUGAAAUUCCCCUCCAUGGUUAUUAUAUUGCAUUUGAAAACGGUUUUAACCCUAUAUGACAGAGUGUUUGUUUGUUUAUUUAUAUUUACUUUUCCUCUUAUUGUGGAAAACCAUUCUCAUUAAAGAUGAAAGGAAUAUAAUCACACAAUGCGCUGUUUUGUCCGAUGCCAGAUGGAUUGCGAGCCAGUCAAGAUUCAUGCCGGUGAUUGAAAGAGACUACAAUGUAUUUGUGUAAUGUUUCAACAUUUUUGAUAUCUAUACUAUGAGAUACAUUCAGUUGCAUUCUGGGAAAUUAUGCUUUGUACAGUACUGUGUGGACUUGUAUCAUAAGUACUGUAUUUUCCCUAUUAGCACAUGUACUUACUUAAAUGACAGCAGUGUGUCUGGUCAAUAUCAGUCGUAUAGUGUUGAUCUAGCAUGCAAUAAAUGCAAUUUGUAUGUGCUUCUUUUAGAGAUAGAUGACUAUGGUAUUUGUAAUAUUAUUUUAGUCAUACCAAUGUGUCGAAAAACAGAAUAUAAAUAUGUUUAUUUUUCUUGUGUCUGGAUUGGUUACCAGUUUCAAUGCUAGUUGAAUUUCAUUUUCAAAGUUUAGGAAGUCUUCAUUAAUAUAACAUUAACACUCUUCUGCUAUAUUCGAUUAUUAAUCUCUAGAAUUGUGUUCUGAUAUGCUGUGAUUUAAAAAUGAUUCUUUGUAUGAAUUACUGUGAUCUGUUGUUUAGGUUCACACCAUAUUGUAUUUUCGACAUGUCGCAUACUAGCCCCAAAACACCGAUAUGAAUGUAUUGUAAUUGCCUCCAAGUCAGAAUUUAAAAUGACUAAUGUCAGUCCACUGUAUGCAAGGUUUGUAUUCAGUCAUGUGGGUAUAUACCACACAUGGGAAAAAAAAUAUAAAAAAAUUGAUUUUGUAUGAUAGCAUGUUUUAUUUUGUGAUUAUGUUUGUUUUCUUUCAAACUGUUGAACUGAUGCACCUUUUUAUUUCAACUGUAACAGCUAUGUUAACAAUAACAGUCUCACAACCAAUACCCCACUUGUUGAUGGGAUUGUCGAUGAGUUAACAUGGCAGUCACAGAAUCCAUAUAUGUCGAUGGUGUGGCCACCAAUCUUGUAUAUAACGUUAUUACCCUUUCUGAUUUAUUUUCCCAAACUCGUGUCCUAUUAUUAAUUUAGGUAUAUUAAAUUUAGUUGUUUCCUUAAAAAUCUGAUGUUGGUAUAUAAAAGAUGUAUACCUUAAGUCAUGUUUAGCUUCUUCUUUAACAAGAUUUAUCGACCAAUUAUAGAGUGUGUUUUAAAAUAAACUUGAUUAUUCUACAUAUGUAGUUUCUAACAGAGGUCUGCAUUGGAUGCUGGUCAACCAAGAUAGGAAUGUGAGUUACAUGCAUCUGAUGUAGAUGGCGAUAUUUCAGUUAUAAUCAACUCCAACUUGUAUGUACUUCAAAUUUUAAGAUGAUUAGAAAAUAGUUGACUUUUAUAAUAAUUCUAUAAUUCAUUGCUCUAUUGACUAGUACAGUUAUGUCUACCACAAUAUCACUUUUGUUGCCAGUACUAUAUGUGAAAAUUGAUAUUGUCCAACAUCAUGCUGUAUGGUUGGACAUCCUGGUUCUUUUGUGUGACUUAAAACCCCAUUUGGCUGUUAUUGUGAUAUGAAUUGAAUCCCUUAGUUACUUUUAAUACAUCAAUGCUUAUUGCCAGUAUUAUUGUACAGCAUUUUUGUUUUGCUGAUUUUUUUAUUUUAUUUUUGCAAAAUGUUUGUAUUAUCGUGUUAAGAUAUAACUUAGGGAUGAACCAUUUGAAAAGUGGGGGGUUGUGUGUGUGUGUAAGGGGGGUGUAAGUUGUUCUCCAGUACUGGUAAUAAAGAUCACUCAAUUACUGUUGAGGAGGGUACCAUACUAUGAAGAAUUGAGAACUUCAUGGAGGAGAUCCAUAAUUUGCACCAACCUCCGAGUCAAGGAUCAUACUGACUAGAUUCAAAUGUUUUUUUAUGAUCAGUGCUAACAAGUAUACUGUGCUUGUAGGAAACUAUAGGUAAUUUAAUUACCCAGUUAUGUUGUCCUUAAUUGUCCAUCUUUUUACUUGUAUUUCAACUUACAACAAAAAAUAUGCAUAUCAUAUUUGAUAAGCGAUAAAUGUAUUCUCAGUAAUCUAUUCGUCUUAUGUAUGCAAACCUGUGCAAUGUUUUAGUAAGGGGACUGUGUGGUAGAUAAUUGUGUUAAAAGCAUGCAUCAAUGUCCUCCCCACUCAAUGCAAGGUUUGAUUCAGCCAAUCAGGAAUGUAGCUUGCAUAUUCAAAUUGGGGGUCUUUGCAAAAUGAAUUGUUGUAAAAAGCAUCCUGAUUGGUCAGAUCACCUUGUUGUGGUCUGCAUUCUAAUAUUAGUUAUGACUACAAGGCAAUUUCCAUAUUAAUAUUAGUAUCUUGCUGUGGACAAUAAAUUAUAUUUUUAAUGCAGACACUUUUGAUUAAUAUAUUGAAUGUUAAUUUAUCAAAUAAUGUCACUUGUCUGUUUUAUUUUUAGUUUGAUUGAGUAAAUGUUGGAAAGUAAUAUAAAACCAAAAAAA